AUGUCAGACAUGCAAGAGCUGGAAUUCGCUAAACUAGACAUUAAUGACAAUGGCAUGGAGUAUCUCCGAUGGGUGACUGACAUCGAAAUUGCUCUUACUGCCCAUGGCAUAACUGCAACUAUUCAGGGAUUAAAUCCUGAUCAUCUAGCCAAACUGAGUACGGCAAAGAAAGCCCAAGCACUCAGUUUGAUGAGGCGACAUAUGGAUACCUCACUCCCAUGGGAGUACAUGUCAAUCAAGGACCCCAGAGAGUUAAGGGUUGCCCUUGAGGCACAUUUUGGCAAUAUUCAAGACACCAUUCUCCCAGACUUGAAGGAGAAGUGGAACGAUCUACGCUUCUUGGACUUCAAGACUGUUGCUGAAUAUAAUUCGGAGGCUCUUUGCCUGAAAUCGAUGCUUCAGUUAUGUGGAGAGACAGUCACAGAAAGAGAUUUGAUUGAGAAAACUCUCUCAUCCUUCCCCAUCGCUGCAUCAGUAUUAUCACAGCUAUAUUUAUUGGAAUACAAUUUUCAAAGGAUCACGCAGUUUCAUCAGCUUAUCAACUUGAUGUUAGUUGCAGAGAAGCAUGAUAAUGUAUUCGUGAACAGCUAUAAUUCAAGGCCAGUUGGAACUAAGAAGGUUUAUACAAAAGGAGAGCGCAAGGAGCAGAACCCUAGGGCUAAGGGAAACUUGAAAGGACGUUUUGGUCCAUAUAACCGGCCUACGAACAAAAGAAAAUCACAAUAA